AUGAAAGAGUAUAUCCUCAAGUAUUUCGUCCGGGAGUAUAUCCGCUGGGAGUAUAACGAGCUCAGUCUGUUCGUGAAACUGCAUAGUGCAGACAUUGGACAGUACAUUGACAUAACGGAGGCGUAUUUCAACUCGAACUCACAAAGAAUCCAGGGGAUGCAAGAUGUAGGAAUGAAAGUACUUCGCGUUUGGCUUGAUGGACAAUCCACAGCAACAACAAAGGGAACAACCAUCACAGAAUAUCCUUCGCUGGAACCCAACCAGAUCGGCGUGUUCAACGAUAAAACUCUUGUCGUCGUGAGUGCUUGUUCAAACAUUGAUUGA